GCGUUAUUUCCAGGAUGUUCCAGCAUCAUUCCAAGGAUCCUUCGAACUGUUGCUGUUGUUGUACCUCCAGGUGACCGUCGCUCCUCUGCGGGGUUCCUUUGCCUACUUAAACCUUAAAGUACCACCCUUCCUGUCACUUUCAUGUGUGUGAUUUCAUUCCCAAUACCUCGCCAACAUGAGGUCCACGCUUUUGGUAUGGGCGGCAGCAAUUGGCGCAGAAGCCUGUCAGCGUGAGCGCAACUUCCACAGUCACUCCCAUGCGAAACGACAGGACCACGACACAUCUCGAGCACCAUUGGACGCCAAUGAGCAGUUAUUGUUGGAUUCCUUCGACGCUACCUCCAUAUCCACAUGGUCCUACUACUACACACACGGUGCUCAUGUUGCUGGCCGGAACAAGACACAGGCUCAGUGGACAGCAGACAAAUGGGCCGAGUACGGCUGGACCAGCCGGCUGGAUGAAUACUUCGUGUAUCUGAAUUAUCCUGUAUCGCAAUCCUUACAACUUACCUUGCCCAAUGGAACAGUUUUCAAUGCUUCCCUUGAGGAGGAAGUACUCGAGGAAGAUGAUACGUCCAGCUACCCCAACCGAAUUCCCGUCUUCCACGGUUACUCCGCUACGGGUGACGCAUCUGCAGAAUACGUCUACGUGGGAAGAGGGCAACAGGUCGAUUUUGACCGACUUCAAGCUCUCGGAGUACAAUUGGAAGGCAAGAUUGCUGUUGCCAGAUAUGGCGGCCCGUUCCGAGGCCUGAAGGUUAAGAAUGCGCAAGACCAUGGCAUGAUCGGUGCUAUCAUUUUCAGUGACCCUGGCGAUGAUGGCAACGUCACCGAAGCGAAGGGUGUAGCCGCCUAUCCCAAUGGUCCUGCACGCAACCCGACCAGUGUUCAGCGCGGCUCUGUCAUGUUUCUUAGCACCUACCCUGGAGACCCUACCACUCCAGGUUAUCCUUCGAAGGAAGAUUCGCCAAGAGCAGACCCAAGCGGCAGUGUUCCCAGGAUUCCUUCCAUCCCAAUCUCAUGGCGUGAUGCCCAACCCAUACUCCAGGCUUUGAACGGAUUUGGUACCAAUGGAAAAGAUGUUAACCGUACGAAUUGGGUUGGCGCCAUUCCAGGCGUGACUUAUAGCACUGGCGAGGGAUCUGGUGCGACUCUGUCAUUGAGCAACGUCAUGGAAGCAAACUACACUGCCAUCUGGAACGCCAUCGGCAUCAUCAACGGCACCAACCAAGACGAAGUCAUUGUCGUUGGUAAUCAUCGUGAUGCCUGGAUUGUUGGCGGAGCAGCUGAUCCUAACUCGGGAUCCGCUGUCCUGAUUGAACUGGCUAAAGCCUUUGGCAAGCUGCAAGAGACAGGAUGGAGGCCUAAGCGUACUAUCGUGCUUGCAAGCUGGGACGCCGAGGAGUACGGUCUGGUGGGCUCCACGGAAUGGUUGGAGGAAUACCUGCCUUGGCUGAAGACGGCAGCCGUCUCCUACCUGAACAUUGACGUCGCUGUUUCUGGUCCUGUCCCUGAUUUCUCUGCCACCCCCGAUUUUCAUGAGAUUGCAGCUCAGAUCCAGAAGAAGGUCAUCUGGCCGUACCGCAACACCACUGACCGCACUCUGUACGAUGUCUGGCAGACCGAAGCCGGCGGCGAGUUUGGUGUCCUUGGCAGUGGAAGCGACUACACCGGCUUCCUCCACCGUGGCAUUGCUUGCAUUGACUUGGGGGCUGGAGGAUCCGUCGAAAAGGGGGACCCCAUCUACCCAUACCACUCGAACUACGAUUCGUACCAUUGGAUGAGCACAUUUGGUGAUCCGGGUUUCGUUCACCACAAGGCCAUUGGCCAGUAUCUUACACUCUUGCUCUAUCACCUUUCGAGCGACGAAGUCCUUCCCCUGAACCCCGCGGGCUACACUUCAGAACUGCGUGCAUAUUACAAGGACCUAGAGGAGGUCGUGUCUUCCGGCAAUGGCACUCUUGAUCUUUCCGCGCUCUCCUCCGCCAUCGACACGUUCGAGACGUACGCCCAGCAAUUCAUCUCCCUCCGCGAGUUUGCAAUCACCACCAACAACACCGAACUCAUCACCGUGCAGAACCACAAGGCCCGCGACUUCUCCCGCGGCUUCACAUCCCAGGGUGGGCUCCCUGGCAGAGAGUUCUUCCAGAACUUGAUCUUUGCUCCGGGACUGGACACAGGUUAUGCGCCUGUUACGUACCCGGGUAUCACGGAGAGUAUUACGUUUGCGAAGGAUUGGAAGAGGGCGCAGGAGUGGGUGGGUAAGACGGCGAAUGCGAUUUUGGUGGCGGCGAAUAUGUUGAAGACGUAGAUUGCGAAAUCGCCCAUGUUGGAUUCCGGGGGUGUUCCAAAGGAACGCUUAAUAUAGUGAGAGGGGAUAUGUAGUUGCGAUGAUGAAUGAAUAAACGAAUAAAUAAUGUCUUGAUAACGAAGCCAUCGCGAUAUCGUUGCAGAAUGUUUCUCUGCUUCUGACCUCGGCUCCUCCGAUAACACUCUUUCCAUUUACCUAAUUUGGGUUACUGUUUGACCGGAUCGUAACCGGAAGGAUGGCGGGAGAGCU